CCCACACCCCACACCCACACCCACACCCACUCUGUUUAUAGAUAUAUGCGCCUUUGCCUGCUUAUUUUGAGUUUCCUCUAGAUGGUUUUUCCAUUGUAAAUCUUGUAAUUGUUUUGAGUUAGCGAAACACUAUUAAAUUUGGUUGUGAAUACAAUAGAAUGAACUUAUGUGGAAGUAGACUUCAACAUGGGUGCGAUUAGUCGUUCAUUUCCGAAGUCAACUGCAGCUAUGCUUGAGAAUAGAUGGGUAUGAAAUCUAACAUGUCUUUUGAGAACACUCCACCAAGUUUCCGUUAAUGAAGAAUUCCAGUCUAACGAAGUUUUUAUAGCAAGAUCGGAAAAACAAAGAUAUUAAAUAUAGUUCACAACAAAAUCUGCUCUUUUCAGAAUUUUCUGUCGAGAUUUCUUCUAUUUUUUUCUAAGAGACAUAUACCUAUGCGUAAUGCUUCGCCUCUCUAUCGUUAUGAUGAACCAUGUCCAUCACGUUUAAUUUUCUAUGAUUCUGCCUAUUAG